CAUAUCACUGAGCUAGGCAGCUCCUCUGAAGGCAAGCAGCCUUUAUCAGCCUCUCCCAGCCUCCUGCUCCCCUGCCAUGCCUUCAGCCCACGACACCAACAUGAGGUUCAAGUUCUGCUUCCUGGCUCUUCUCCUGCAAGUGAUCAUCAUUGUGUUGUUUGGGAUAUUUGUGGAAUAUGGCAACUUUGCUGUCUCUCAAACUUUAUACCCAAUUUUUCAGGAUGUCCACGUCAUGAUAUUCGUUGGAUUUGGUUUCCUGAUGACCUUUCUGAAAAAAUAUGGAUUCAGUAGUGUUGGUAUCAACAUGCUCAUUGCUGCCUUUGGCCUCCAGUGGGGAACCCUGAUGCAAGGAUUUUGGCACAUGGAGAGCGGGAAGAUUCGUGUCAAUAUUAUCAGCAUGAUCAAUGCAGACUUCAGCACAGCAACUGCCCUGAUUUCCUUUGGAGCUCUCCUGGGGAAAACAAGUCCUGUUCAGAUGCUGAUCCUCACCAUUCUGGAGAUUACAAUCUUUGCAUGCAACGAACAUCUAGUGGCAGAGAUAUUUCAGGCCACAGACGUUGGAGCCUCAAUGACUAUCCACGCCUUCGGAGCUUACUUUGGCUUGGCUGCAACCCUCGUCUUGUACCGCCCUGGUCUGAAAAACAGCCAUGAGAAUGCAGAGUCUACCUACCAUUCUGACCUCUUUGCCAUGAUUGGUACUCUGUUCCUUUGGCUCUUCUGGCCCAGUUUUAACUCUGCCAUUGCAGCAUCACCCUUUGACCAGAGUAAAGCAGUUAUCAACACUUACUACUCCUUGGCUGCAUGCGCUGUUGUAACGUUUGCCCUCUCCAGCCUGGUGGACCAAAGAGGCAAAUUCAAUAUGGUUCUCAUUCAAAAUGCCACCCUGGCAGGAGGAGUAGCAGUGGGUACCUGUGCUGACCUUUCAAUCAACCCUUUUGGUGCCAUGUGCAUCGGGAGCAUUGCUGGAAUCAUCUCUGUCCUGGGAUUCCACUUCCUGACUCCUUUGCUGGAAUCCAAGCUGAACAUUCACGACACUUGUGGAGUUCAUAAUUUACAUGGCUUACCUGGAAUACUGGGAGGCAUCACUGGCAUCAUAGUAACUGCAAUAAAAGAGGAAUCCAGGCACGGCACUCGCCUCACUCCUGGCAUGCAGGCUGCUGCCCUGGGCAGCUCAGUGGGAUUGGCGCUGGCUGGUGGAGCAUUGACAGGUGCCAUUCUGAAACUGCCCUUCUUAGGACAAGCAUCUGACCAGAACUGCUUUGAUGACUCUGUGUAUUGGGAGGUUCCAGAAGAUGAGAGAGCACAUGGAGUGCAUUCCAACAACUACGAUGAGCACAGCAGAUUUGAAGCUGCCAUGUGAAGAAAAACAAUCAUCUGUGCUAUUUAUCUUCCUGAUGCUCUUCUCCAUUUCUAAUGCUAAACCCCAGCACCUGAGGGCCCCUACACACCUAGGAUUUCAAGAAGGGGCUGCAGGUGUAGCUAUCUUUUUGUAACAUGAGAACCUGGCCAUUACGCCAAGCUCAGGUGGAUCAGAUCCUUCCCAUGUAUUUGUUCUUCAGAUAAACCCACUACAAACUGCCCUAAAAAGUUUUCUGCACUAUACCUUUUGUCAGUGUAGUCCCUGAUCCAGCCCUUCUGUUUCAAGAUUAUUACAGGACACCAUAAUUAACAGCAAGAUUUUCAAGCUACAGCCACAUCCCUCAGCCAUAUAAUCAAGAAGAAGUGGACUGAAAGUUUAUUUGGAUUCUAACAAGCUCUCACCAGAGCACCCUGGAUCAAUUUUAAGUGUGUUGCCCUGUAGCUGGAUGGAGGAGAAAAUGUGCUGUGCUUUGAAGCUUGGUUUAUGACAGGCAAAAAAAUGUUGAAGUCAUUUCCAUGGCAAAGCAAAGCAGCACAUAUAGUGAUUGAUGAGGUAUAUCAAGUGGCCAUAUGACUAUCAAGAUCCUUUCUUUACCAAAAAGAAGUGAAAUGGUGACAAAAUGUAUUGUUGGCACAGAUUUGCUUAGACUGUUUCGAGGACAUACAAAGGGAAUUGAGUAGGAGCUAUGAAAAAACCAA